UUUUUAUUUUUUCCCCUAAAUUUGUUUCAAGUUUUUUAAACCUAAAAAUGUUAAAAUCUUGCUUCUCUUUGCUUCAAUUUCAAUCAAAUUUGUCAAUUACUCGAUUAUUCCAAUCUAAACGAUUAAUAAAUUCUAAAUUUCUUCGAUUGUAUUCAACAACAAAUGAAAUUUCAAAAUUACCAGUAAAGAAGGCAACAAAUAAGUUAGUUUCUUGUCUAAAAUUGAUGAGAGCAGACAAACCAAUAGGUACUUGGCUUCUUUAUUGGCCUGGUGCCUGGUCUAUUGCAUUGAGUGCUUCUCCUGGAUGUUUACCUGAUGCUUAUUUGUUGGGACUUUUCGGUGUUGGAUCUUUUCUUAUGAGAAGUGCUGGUUGUAUACUUAAUGAUCUAUGGGACCAGGAUAUUGAUAAAAAGGUUGCUCGCACAAAAUCCAGACCUUUAGCAAACGGCGAACUUACUGAAAAAGAAGCUGUUCUUCUUCUUGGUGGUCUACUUUCUGCUUCAUUAACUGUCUUGCUUCAACUCAACUCGCUUAGUAUAAUUCUCGGUGCUUCUUCACUUUGGCUUGUCGUCGUCUACCCUCUAGCAAAACGUUUUACUAACUGGCCUCAACUUGUUCUUGGUGCAACAUUUAAUUGGGGAGCUCUUCUAGGAUGCACAGCAGUCACUGGAAAAUUUGUGCCAGAAAUUUGUAUUCCACUUUAUUUGGCUUGUAUUUGUUGGACAAUUAUUUAUGAUACUAUUUAUGCAUUUCAGGAUAAAAAAGAGGAUAUUCUAAUAGGAUUGGGAUCAACAGCAAUUGCUUUUGACAAAAAUAGAGAAGCUUGGCUAAAUUUUUUUGGAUUAACAAUGAUGUUAAAUUUGUUAUAUUCUGGAUAUAUGCAAGAAUUGCCCUGGCCUUUUUUUGUUUCGCUUUUAGGUUUUUUUUUUGAAAUUAUUUUUUUUAAUCUUUGA